UAGGAGCACUCAGGAACCCUUGAUCAUUGCACAGGAAAGCAGCAGCCUCUCUGUGAUUACUGGAUACUGGGCUCCUUCACAUGGAUCUGAGUCUCUGAGUGUAAAUACCUGGAUUGUGUCCUUUGUUUUUUCUCCUUUUUGUCUCUUAUACUGAGUUGCCUUUGGAUCAGCUCACAGGACUCUGCACAGAUGUUAGUCCACGCAUAUUCUGCCAUGGAUCGGUCUGAUGCCCUAAAUGGAGCUGCAGGCGGGGGUCGGUUGUCCCAGCUAUCAUCUCUAAAUCAGGGGUCAUACAGCUCAGCACCCCCUCUGUGCCACACCCCGGCCUCUGACUUCCAACCCCCCUAUUUUCCCCCUCCUUACCCCCAGCCUCCCUUGUCUUACUCCCAGAGCCAGGACCCUGGAUACCACCACCUGGGCGACCCCUACUCUAGCAUUAACCCUAUACACCAGCACCAGCAGCAGGCCUGGCACACGCAGAGGAGCCGGCAGGAGGAGGCCAGUCUGCUGUCUCAGGCACACAGGGGGCUCAGCCUAGACCCCCGCAGGGAUUAUGGGGGAGUCCCCCGUCUGCUGUCUGGAUUGGGAGAUGGGGGGCACAGCCUGGCAGAGAAUGCCCUGUCCAUCCAUGCACUCUCCCACCACAGUUUAGAGGACAUGCAGACUUUAGAUGAUGCUUCGGGAGUCAGUAUACUGGACCAGUCUGUGAUAAAGAAAGCUGGACAUCAGCUGAAGUAUAACUGUUUACACAGCACUUACUCUGGUGAGCUGAAGAAAUUUCGAGUUCCCAUUCCAUCUAAGAACAAUGGCAGCCUGAUGUCUUCACUGUCUAUGAAUAAGGAAGGUCUCAUUGGAGGAGUCACCAACCCUAAUGAAGUUUUCUGUUCUGUUCCUGGGCGCUUGUCACUUCUAAGUUCAACUUCCAAAUAUAAAGUGACAGUGGGAGAGGUCCAGAGGCGCUUGUCACCCCCAGAGUGUCUCAACGCAUCUUUGCUCGGCGGAGUUCUAAGGAGGGCUAAAUCAAAAAAUGGUGGACGCUGCCUCCGAGAGCGGCUGGAAAAGAUAGGCCUGAAUCUGCCAGCAGGAAGACGCAAGGCAGCCAAUGUGACUCUGCUGACAUCACUUGUAGAAGGUGAGGCAGUACACCUCGCACGAGAUUUUGGCUACGUCUGUGAAACAGAAUUCCCAGCUAAAGCCGCAGCUGAAUACCUCUGUCGCCAGCACUCUGACCCCACGGAACUUCACACCCGCAAAAACAUGCUGCUCGCUACCAAGCAAAUUUGCAAGGAGUUUGCAGACUUGAUGGCCCAGGAUCGAUCUCCUCUGGGAAACAGUCGCCCAUCUCUUAUCCUUGAACCAGGCGUGCAGAGCUGUCUGACGCAUUUCAGUCUCAUCACGCACGGCUUUGGAGGCCCAGCUAUCUGUGCUGCCCUCACCGCUUUCCAAAAUUAUCUUCUGGAGUCUCUUAAAGGGAUGGACAAGAUUUUCAUGAGCAGUGCAGGAAAUGGACAUUCAGCUGGAGAAUCCAAAACCUCUGAAAAAGAUAUAAAACAUCGAAAAUAGCCAGUGGGAAAGAAAAAAUAAAAAUAUUGAGAGCUGGGGCCGGAAAGGAGAACGUGGAACCAUUUAGCAAUGUGGCUGGACACAUAGGAGACAAGAGAACGUUCAAAUGGUUGAAGAAAGAUAAAUGUGAUGACCAAUACUGGAGAUAUAGAGAUGGAGAUGCCAUUGCUUGUACAAUAUGGAGUGAAUUAUACGCUCCAUUGGAUUUUAAUGCACGUGUACCACGUGACUACGCCUAGAUACCUAGCACAAGAUAUAUUUUUAUCCCCUUUAUACAGAUAUUUAAUUGUGUUUUUUUUUGGUUAAUAUAACUUGCAGAAGAUAAAAAAAACAAUCAAAACAAACAUUGCACUCAUGUUCAAGAUAAAUGUUAUAUUGUCCAUGUUAGCACUACAGACGUUUAAAGGGCAGUCCCACUCAGUGAGCUUUAAUAUAUAUUUAUUUUGUAACUUAAUUAGUUUAUUUAAAAGGUGUUUUUCAUGUAAAUAAUUGAUAAACCAUAGAUUUAAAAAUGGCAUCUCUUUAUUAAAUGCUAGUGAGUAAUGAAGAAUUUACAGAAUAUUGAAGUUUUUAUCUGUAAUUCUUCAUUUGGUUAAAGGCGUCCUCAUAACUGAAGUGAGCAGUAGGAGAAAAGACAAUGUUUCAGAGUUUAAUUUAAAAUAAAAAAAGGCAACGCACACUAAAUCUUUAUGAUGGUGUAUUGUAAAUUAGGUGAAACCAGUAUGAUCAAGAAGAUUGCAAACAAAUAAAGACAGAAACAAAAAGAAGCAGUCAUGUGACUUGUCACAUGAUAAAAUGUCCACAACUUACAAGAACCAUUUAAAACAGGACAGCUAAACAUAGACACAAGUGGCAAUUUCUGAUGGAUUUUGAGUCAGUGACUUAAAACACAUUAACCAUUUUUGCUUUUUUUUGUUUUUACUAUUUAUUAUGAAGAUGUGUUAUGUUAACCAAACUUUUUAUUGAGGGACCACAUUUUCUUUGUGCAAAUGAUGACUACAUUUAGAUAUUUGCAAUUUAUCUAGAAAUAAUCUUAGAGGCAUUCCAUUGUUUUGAAUGCUUAAAAGCCUACAGUCAGGUCACUGUUGCUCUAAGAACUAAUCCUUAAAAAUUACACUGCCAAUAGGUCACAUUGUUCAUACAGAAAACAAUUUUUUUUUUGUCUUACUCAAUUCAUGUAUUAAAUAUGUCACUGCCAUUAGCUCACUUUCCUCAAAUGGGACCAAACCCCUUAAUUUAAUGGAAGCUUUGCUCUGCACGUUGCAUGAAGACUGAACCUCUGGACUCAUCACAUGGACCUGCAAGCCCUGGAAAAAUAACUUUGUGCCGGUGAAAAUAAUUGAAACCCGGUCCCACUUAAUAACUGAAAAAGACUUUUGUACAUAUUUAUUUAUGUGUAAUUAAACGGGGGAUGUUUUAAGGAUGUUCAGUGCAAGUUAUUUAUAAUGGGAGUGAAUUUGGGGGUUAUUGAUUUUAAUAUUUGGGUUAAUUUUCAGCCCCUGGGGUACAAAUGCAUCCUUGAGGACUUGUCAUUUCGCAGACACCUCUGUUGUAUUUAAAAAAAAAAAACCAAACAAACAAACUAAAAAAAAACAGGAAAAAAAGUGAAAAUUCUCAAUAAUAAAAAAGUUUGAAAAUAA